CAGCUCCUUCCUGGAGCAAGCCAGAAAGCGAAGGGGCAACGGCAUGGAACCCUAGAACUCGCGGGUGAGGGUUUGCGAGCGCCUGGAUGCGAUGCCGCUGGUCUUGGCGCUGGAUCUGGGAUCUCCAGGUACGCGGCGCGCCGAUUCGCGAGAGAGCGCGCUCGAUUUUGAUCCAUUUCGCUGGGGAAUCGCAGGUGCGCGGGCGCUGUGAGGGUUUCUAGGGUUUGAAUUGCAGCAGCAGCGGCCAUGAAAAACCUCCUCCGGAAGCUCCACAUUGGGAACGAUCACUACGAUCGCCUGGACGAGGAGCGCACGUCUCCGGACACCACUCCCACCGCCGCCACGGCUUCCACCUCUUCCUCGUCGUCGACGUCGCCGUCGCCGUUUGAGCAGCAGAGGCAGCAUUCGGGGUUCUCGGGGUGGCUCCGGAGGAAUUCGAGGCCUCCGACGCCGGCAGGGAAUGGGAAUCCAGGUGAAACAGGCGAAGGAGCUGCUCGAGCGCCGGUGGAUUUGGGUGCUGCCAGUAGCAUGCUCACAAUAGAUGAGCUCCAAGUGGAGGAGGAGGAGUAUCAAGUCCAGUUAGCGCUGGCUCUCAGUGCUUCCAAGAGUGAUAGUAUGGAUCCAGAGAUCGUGGAGAUCGAAGCUGCCAAGCGAAUAAGUCUGGGAUUGAGCCCUUCACCGGAUAAUCGACAGGCUGAGGUUCUAACUGGAAGAUACUGGGCUUACAACGUGCUUAACUAUGAUGACAAGGUCGUAGACGGCUUUUAUGACAUAUACGGCCUCUUUAGUCCACUCUGCUUCGAAAAGAUCCCCUCGCUCGAAGAGCUGCAGGAGACGGAAGUUUCGGAAUCGGUGAACUUCGAAGUGAUCCUUGUCAACAGAGUCAUUGACCUUGAGCUUGGGAAGCUGGAGCAGAGAGCAAUGUGUAUAUCCUCGGACUGCAGCCUUAUGGACAGAAACCCCAUCAGGAAUGGCUUGGCAAACAGGAUUGCAGAGCUGGUUGUGGAGGCCUUGGGUGGGGUCGUGGUUAGCGACAUUGACAUUCUUACGGCCUGGAAAACCAGGGGCUGGGAGUUGCGGAGCGCUUUGCAGAACGUUGUCUGGCCGUUGGGAAUGCUCGGCGUUGGUCUCGCACGGCAUCGAGCUCUGCUUUUCAAGGUUUUGGCGGAUUGUGUGAAUCUUCCAUGUCGUUUGGUCAAGGGAAACCACUAUACUGGGGUCGAAGAUGGUGUCUUGAACAUCUUAAAGGCUGACGACGGCAGGGAGUUCAUCAUUGAUCUGAUGGGGGCGCCGGGCACUCUUAUUCCACUAGAUGCAACAAUUACAUCAUAUAGUGGUUCACUAAAGGCAACAACAGCUAACAAAAAAGAAGAAAAGUUGGUCGUGGAAUCGAAAAGACAAGAGCCUGGUGGCCGCUCGAAGGAGCCUUUUCCUCGACUAACAUUAUGUACCGAUGCGUCCCAGUCCCAAAGUGGCCAUGCAGGAGGAGGAAUGGAACAAGAAAACGUAGCCGAAAGUAAGAUUGUCGCCGUGGUGGCAACGGGGACUAUUGAGGACGACGGGACUGUAAAUUCCGGCUUAGCAACUGCAAUAGUUGUUACUGAGGUUCUCAGCUGUACAGACACAGGAGCGUGUAAAUCUUCGCUUGACAACAACCGUAUUCAAAAAUCUAGUCCUGCUACUUCGAGGAAUGGGUAUGAUUCUCCGAGAAAGCGGGUCUACAGCCAGGUGCUUUUGGAAGAUGCAGCCGAAUGGGAAAUAAACUGGGAGGACAUCAAUAUCGGGGAGCGUGUUGGUAUUGGAUCUUAUGGCGAAGUGUAUCACGGGGAGUGGUCCGGCACAGAAGUCGCUGUGAAAAAGUUCCUUGACCAGGAUUUUUCGGGAGAUGCGAUGAUGGAGUUCAGAAGUGAAGUGCAAAUAAUGAGGGGACUCAAGCACCCCAAUGUUGUUCUCUUCAUGGGAGCCGUAGCCCAUCCCCCAAACCUUGCCAUCGUGACAGAAUACCUUCCCAGAGGGAGUUUAUUUAAGCUGCUUCAUCGACCGCACAAUCAACUUGACAGAAGAAGGCGUCUACAAAUGGCUCUGGAUGUGGCGGAGGGAAUGAAUUAUUUACAUAGCUGCAAACCCGUCAUAGUUCACCGUGAUUUGAAGUCUCCAAAUCUUUUGGUAGAUAGGAACUGGGUGGUCAAGGUUUGCGAUUUUGGACUGUCUCGCAUCAAGCACAGCACAUUUUUGUCAUCUAAAUCAACCGCUGGAACGCCCGAGUGGAUGGCACCGGAGGUUCUGCGCAACGAACCAUCUAACGAAAAAUCGGACGUCUUCAGCUUCGGCGUGAUACUGUGGGAGCUAGCGACGUCGCAAAAGCCUUGGCACGGGAUGAACCCCAUGCAAGUGGUCGGGGCCGUGGGUUUCCAGCACCGUCGUCUCCCCAUUCCACCAGAUGUGGACCCGAGCAUCGCGAGCAUCAUCCAAGAGUGCUGGCAGAAUGAUCCCAGCCAGAGACCAUCGUUCGAGAAGAUAUUGAACGAUUUGCAGGCUCUCCAGAGGCCCGUUCUCCAAGUAAACCAGCCGAGUAGCUUGAAGCCAAACCAUCAACUGAAGAUGCACUACCAGCAGCAGCUCCACGCAGUGCCGCUCAAAGGAGUGGCAUUCAAUGUGGAGAGCGUUGGGAGCCACGUUACUCACAUCAACGCUCUUGAGUUUGCGGUAAGAGCUCAAGUUCCAUAACGAGAAAGAAGGAAAAAAAAAAAAACGAACGAAACAAAGACUGAUAAAAAAGGGUUGGUCUUUUGCAUAAAGAACCAAGGUGCCAUAAGCAAGGGAGCGAUUUGCAAUGGCCACUGAUGGUUCUAAAAACAAUUAUAAGAGUUCUUAUAGUUUGAUAAUCAUAAGGACUUUGUGAAAUGUUUGUUUUUCCAAUGCCGUGAUCUUGUUGUAUUUUGAUGUGGCAUAUUCGGUCCCGCCAUUUUCGAAUGAUUCUCCCUCCACUGAAAAUUUAACGUUGAAGUGUCAAUCCCUGAGACUCUAUAUAAACCCCCAGCCCUCCA